AAACCGUGUAUUUCAUAGAAAGUUAAGUGCAAUUAGAAGGAUUAUACAAUAAAAUCAAGUAAGCAAUUUAACUUACGCUAAGUUUUAUCUCCGUUAAUUUUCAUUGAAAGUGGAAUGAACCCGGAAAUUUCUGAGAAAUCAUAAAAGGAUAUUCUACUCUCUUUAAGAAGGAAAAGAAACGAGAAUUUCUUUAAGACAAUCGAAAAGGUUCAAUGAUGAAAUUUAUCGUCUUUUGGACGAAAAGGAAUAUAGAAAAAGGAAAUCAAUUUGAGGGAUGAAAGUGGAGAUAAAUUGGUUUGAAAGUAUUACACGAAAAUUUAUGUUUAGUAGCUGUGUUUAAAAAUGCUGAUCAACAAUUGGCAGAGCGGCGGUCCAGUAAGACUUACAAUCUCCCCACUCCAGUUCUUAGUAACUUUACACUGAGCACUAGCAUGUAGCCAUCCGUGACUAUACAACGCCAAGUUGAAUGGUUAUAAAAGAAGAGAAAAUUUGGUCUGCGUAGUCAGUGUGUUGUAUGAUAGGAAGAUGCAUCGUUGGCGUGGAAAAGUAGCGAUCGUGACCGGAGCGAGUGUUGGUAUCGGUGCAGCGAUAGCGAGAGCAUUGCCAAGCCACGAUAUCAAAGUGGUCGGCCUGGCGAGAAAUAUAGAGAAACUGGAAAAACUUGCGGACGAAUUAGGAAGAGAUAAAUUUUUCCCAAUUAAAUGUGAUGUUACAAAAGAAGAAGACAUUUUGAAAGCAUGUAAAUGGGUCGAAAAGGAAUUGGGAGGUGCUGAUAUUUUGAUAAAUAAUGCUGGCAUCAUCCGAUUAAAUGCUUUGAUUGAUCAAAAAACUGAGGAUUAUCGUAGUGUCUUGGAUACUAAUUUAUUGGCACCGGCAAUUUUUUCACGAGAAGUUAUAUUGUCUAUCAAGAAACGAAAUGCACAAGGACAUAUAAUCAACAUAUCUAGUAUAUCUGAAUCUCAUCUCGAUGCCCUUCUUAUACCAUUGGGCAUGUAUGGCGCAUCUAAAAGUGGUCUACGUACUUUAGGCUCGGAACUUCGAAAUGAAAUCAUUAUGAAAAAACUGGAUAUUAAAGUCACGAAUAUUGCACCAGGAACAGUGAUAACGGAUAUGUUGACAAAUGCGCUUGGAUCUAAUUUUAAUAUUCCAAAUUCUAUUUUGUUACCUGAAGAUAUCGCAGAUGCAGUAAUUUAUACGUUAGGAACACCAAUAAGAAUAGAAAUUCCACAAAUCACGCUAAUACCACACAAUGAACCAUUCGUUCCGAAACAUGCAUUAGAAAUUCUUUCAAAUAUGUCAAAUAAAUGCGAAGAAAAAAAUAAAUAAUUUAAUUAUAUUGAAGAAAAGAAUAUUAAUAUGAAAGAAUAAUGACAUUAUACAAUAUAUAUUAAAAAAUGUAAAUAAACACAAACACGAUUUGAUUUAUAAUAGAUUGCUUGUCACACACUUUUUUUAAUUGAAACUUUAUUUGUAUGUUGUAACAUUACUAUAUGUUAGAAUAAAUUUAUUAAGCUAAAAAAUUAUAUAUAAUUUUAAUGAAUAAUGCAAGAUAGUUUUUGAUAAUAAUACUUAUUUCCAUUUUUGCAAUUGUAUAACAUACAUAUAUAAUUUAUGUAAAAUUUUUGUAAUAUAAAUAAAAUUACGUGAUCAAAA